GUGAUUGUAUUUUAAUUUUGUUUCCCCUGUCAAUUUCAAAGUUAGAUUAGGAAGUUACUUAUUACCAAGUAAUUUUCAUUAGAUUCUUUAUAGGAAUCGGUUUUGUGAAGGCCCGAAUCCUUCCCUAUAAAUAGAGAGGGUUCUAUACAAGUAAAGAUAUUGGGGUUUCUCAAUCAAAAAAUUCUCAUCGUACAAACUCCCCCGAUCGGUUCUAGAAUUGUUUUUUUUUUUUUCUCAAUCUCAUAAUUCAGGGCUUUCUCGCUUUGUGCUUAGUGAGUCCAUUCAUCAAACAUCAUGAUGAGCCAGAAAUCAAUCAUCGAACUGGAGGAAGGAUGGGAAAUCAUGGACCAAGGAAUCAAAAAGCUGAAGAGGAUUCUGGAAGGAAAAGAUGAGUCGCAGUUCGAUUCUGAAGGAUACAUGAACUUGUACACAACAAUUUACAACAUGUGUACUCAGAACCCGCCGCACGGUUACUCUCAGCAGUUGUACGACAAGUACCGAGAGUCUUUCGAGGCGUAUGCCGCUUCGUCCGUGCUGCCUUCUCUGAGGGAAAAGCACGACGAAUUCAUGUUGAUGGAGAUCGUUAAACGAUGGUCGAAUCACAAGGUCAUGGUUCGAUGGCUUUCGAGGUUCUUCCAUUACCUCGACCGGUUUUUUGUCUAUCGAUAUUCGCUGCUUCCUCUGAACGAGGUUGGUUUGAAGUGUUUCAGGGAUAAAGUGUUUGAAGAUUUGAAAGGGAAAGUUUCGGGUGCUGUUAUAGCCCUGAUCAACCAGGAGCGCGAGGGCGACCAAAUCGACCGUUCUUUAUUGAAGAAUGUGUUGGAUAUGUUUGUUGCUCUCCACACUGAGGAGAAGAAAUACUAUGAGGAGGAUUUCGAAGCGCUGAUGCUCGAGGAUACCAAGGGAUAUUACUCACGGAAAGCUUCUCAAUGGAUUCUGGAGGAUUCUUGUCCGGAUUACAUGUUGAAGGUUGAAGAGUGUUUGAAGAAAGAGAAGGACAGGGUCGAGCAUUAUCUCCAUUCGAGCAGUGAAACGAAGCUGCUUAAUAAGGCUGAACACGAGCUGCUAACUGUUUAUGCAACCCAACUGCUCGAGAAAGAGCAUUCUGGAAUUCAGGCGCUGUUGCGAGAAGAUAAGGUGGAGGACUUGUCUAGGAUGUACCGGCUGUUCUCGAGAGUCGAACAAGGGUUAGGGUUAGAACCUGUUUCCAAUGCAUUCAAACAGUAUGUUACUAAUGAAGGCACGGCUUUAGUGAAGCAGGCCGAAGAUGCCGCCAAGGACAAGAAGGCCGACAAGAGAGAUGUGGUUGGUUUACCGGAGCAGGUUCUCGUGAGGAAAUUGAUUGAAUUGCACGACAAGUACCUCGGGUAUGUGAAUGACUUUUUCCAGAACCAUUCUCUUUUCCAUAAGGCACUCAAGGAAGCCUUCGAGGUGUUUUGCAAUAAGAGUGUUGCCGGAAGCUCCAGCGCGGAACUUCUCGCGACCUUCUGUGAGAAUGUCCUGAAAAAUGGUGGGAGUGAAAAGCUAACUGACGAAGCUAUAGAAAAAACCUUGGAAAAGGUAGUGAUGUUGCUCGCUUUUGUUAGCGAUAAGGAUUUGUUUGCGGAAUUCUUCAGGAAAAAGCUUGCGCGGCGCCUUAUCUAUGAUAAAAGUGCUGAUGAUGACCAUGUGAGAAGCCUUUUGUCGAAACUUAAACAGCAAUUUGGGGGUCAGUUCACAUCAAAGAUGGAAGGUAUGGUCACCGAUAUGACAUUGGCUAAAGAGAACCAGCAACAUUUUGCCGAGUACCUCCGAGGAAAUCCUAGGGUUCAUCCUGGGAUUGACUUGACUGUUACUGUCCUUACAACCGGAUUCUGGCCUACUUACAAAUCCUCUGACCUUAACCUUCCGGCCGAGAUGGUAAAAUGUGUGGAAGCUUUCAAAGAGUAUUACCAAACAAAGACAAAACAUAGGAAGCUUACUUGGAUUAAUUCUUUGGGAAACUGUAACCUCAUGGGGAAGUUUGAUGCCAAGAAGAUAGAGCUGAUCCUAUCACCUUACCAGGCUGCUGCUCUGCUGCUUUUCAACGGGUCAGACAGAUUGAGCUAUGAGGAGAUUAAGGCUCAACUGAAUCUGUCUGAUGAUGAUGUUGUCAGGACUCUUCAUUCCCUUUCUUGUGCUAAGUACAAGAUCCUCACGAAAGAGCCCAAUUCAAGAACGAUUUCACCUACUGAUGCCUUUCAGUUCAACUCAAAGUUUGAUGAUAAAAUGAGGAGGAUUAAGAUCCCUAAUCCUCCAGUGGAUGAGAAGAAAAAAGUGAUUGAAGAUGUUGAUAAGGAUAGAAGGUAUUCGAUUGAUGCAUCAGUUGUCCGUAUAAUGAAGGCUCGAAAAGUUUUGGGCUAUCAGCAGUUGGUCGGGGAAUGCGUUGAGCAGUUGAGUAAAAUGUUUAAACCCGACGUGAAGGCCAUCAAGAAGCGAAUUGAAGAUUUAAUCACUCGGGACUAUCUGGAGAGGGACAAGGAAAACCCAAACUUGUUCAAGUAUUUGGCAUGAUGCCCGCUUUGUUUCUCAAUACAGACUUUUCUGUUUUUGUUGCAUAGCUAUUUACUUCUAGAGCUAUUUGUAGUAGAAAUCAGUUGGAUCGAAUUACAUGGAUUUUGUUUUUGCGACAAGUGAAUUGAUUGAAUUCGGUGUUUCAGUUUCAGCUUUUGAGUAUGAAUUUUGCAUUCCUUCAGC